GGUGGAGGCGGAGGCGGCGAACGAGAUCGCGGCGACAACAGUGCAGGCGGCGGCGAUCCCGAUCCCACCAAUAUCCCUUGGGAGCCGUUUGAGUCCGAGAUGGACUGGCGCUUCGCAUCUUGGGCAAUCCAGGAAGGACUAACGCAGGGACUGGGUCUCUCAUACCACAACAGCUGGGCUCUCCUCCAGCGCGUGGACUCUCUGCCUGAGAGAGCGGAGUGGACAGAACGCCUGCUCUCAUUCAAGGAUCGUCCUAAUGAAAAACACCUACUACAGUUCCGCGAUAUCAUCCAGGCGAUACGUACAUUACUAGGCAACCCGGAGCACGCCGAUCGAAUCGUGUAUCGACCGCGCCGAUUGUUUUCAGACGCGUCAAGGAAGCACCGACUGUACAAUGAAAUGUGGACCGGUCGUUGGUGGCACGCCGUCCAGAAUCUCUUACCGGUAGGCGCGGCUGUUGCGCCGGUAAUCAUAGCUACGGACAAAACCCAGUUAACUCAGUUCUCUGGCAACAAGGCGGCGUACCCUGUA